GCAACAUGGAAGAACGAUGAGUAAAAAGUUCGGAGAUCGUUAGAGUAAGCCCCAAGCCAGUCGUCUUCUUUUUCUUCUUCACCAAGUCUGCACCAAAACCUCAUUUUCCUCUCUCUCACUCACUCUCACUUUUUUCAAUUCCAAAACCCUAAUCAUGUCGAUUUUCGAGUACAAUGGAUCUGCUCUGGUUGCCAUGGUGGGAAAGAACUGCUUCGCCAUCGCCAGUGAUCGUAGGCUCGGAGUUCAGCUCCAAACCAUCGCCACCGACUUUCAAAGGAUCUAUAAGAUUCACGAUCGCCUAUUCCUCGGUCUCUCUGGACUCGCCACCGACGCUCAGACUCUGUAUCAACGGCUUGUGUUCCGCCACAAGCUGUAUCAGCUUCGUGAAGAGAGAGACAUGAAGCCUGAAACUUUUGCAAGCCUAGUCUCUGCUGUUCUGUAUGAGAAAAGGUUUGGCCCAUACUUCUGUCAGCCUGUAAUUGCUGGAUUGGGAGAGGAAGACAAGCCAUUCAUUUGCACUAUGGAUUCAAUUGGAGCCAAGGAACUAGCAAAAGAUUUUGUUGUUGCUGGCACUGCCUCAGAGUCUCUCUAUGGUGCUUGUGAGGCAAUGUUCAAGCCCGACAUGGAAGCAGAGGAAUUGUUUGAGACCAUCUCUCAAGCCCUGCUAUCAUCAGUUGAUCGAGACUGUUUGAGUGGAUGGGGAGGACAUGUUUAUGUCAUAACACCGACUGAAGUAAAGGAGAGGAUCUUGAAGGGAAGGAUGGAUUGAUCGUUGACCCACUGUUGCACCUCAGAAUUGCCAUUUCCGUCUUUUCUUUACUUUGUUUCAUAUUUUAUGUAGGUUGCAGUUGAAUGCCCCAGUUGUUAUGGGGUAUACUCAAAAUUGGAUGUACUCUCCUCCGUACUACUUGUAAUUGAUGAAAUGUUUUCGGGAAUUCGAAACUGUUUUGAUUUA